AUGUCAAAAAAGAGGACGAUCGAUGCAUUCUUUACGCCACCGGCGAAGCAUCGGAAAGUGGAUGAGCCAAACACUCAAGAGCCAUCAAGCGCUGUUUCCACUCACAAAACGUACCCCUUUCCCAUACCUGGCUUUCCACUUCAUAUCGAGAAGGAACUGUCAUCGCUGCCGGCAACUCUGGGUCGCGCCAUAAACGAAUUGGACCUCGACCUGCUGUACUUCCAGCCGUACGUCCCAGGAUAUCUCGCCAAAGAUGCUUUCACCUUUCUCCGGUCGGAACUGCCAUUCUAUAGAGUCAAGUACACCAUCAAGAGAGGACCCACCGAAACUCAGAUCAACACGCCAAGAUACACUACCGUGUUUGGCAUAGACAACACUUCACAAUUUUCGGAUGACGGCACCGUUGUCGAUGCGAAGACAGGAACAAAGGUUCCCGCCAGCUCAUAUCCCAACUGCGCACCCCGUCCGAUUCCCAAGUGUCUCGAUAAUCUACGCCGGUCUACUGAGGCUGCCACUGGCUGCAAGUUCAAUUUCUGCCUUGUCAACUAUUACUCCUCGGGAUCUGAUAGUAUUAGCUAUCAUUCUGACGAUGAGCGCUUCCUCGGACCAGACCCAGCCAUUGCCUCGUUCUCUUUUGGUGCGAGGAGAGACUUUUUGCUGAAGCACAAACCUAUCGCUCCGAGCGAGCAGAAGACGGGCGGGGAGGACCCAAUCUUGCUGGCUGCAUUCGAUCCCAAAAAGGAGCGGUAA